UUCUCGCUUUAAUCAAUUUGUGCGUGUGUAACACUGAUGGAUUCGUAGUGAAAUGAAUUUGCCUGAAUCCAUCGAGCUCAAUUCCCAAGACUUGCCCUUUAACUUUGGCAUCCUCAAGAAUAAAAAGAAAGCGUCCAUGACUAAGAAGUAGACUUGCGGUGUAACAGUGUGCGUGCUGGAAGCAUAUUAAACAAUUCUCCCUGUGUUUGUGGUGGGGUUUCUAGGGUUUUGUCCUUGCUCUUCUGGGGUUUUGAGACCAAAUAUAUUGCUGGGAUCCAAUAAAGGAAAAUCUUGCUAGCAGAGGAUGAAGGGGAAGGGGAGCUCUUGGGUAGCUUCAGGGCCGUGAAAUUCAUGCCAAUGCUGGUUUUGAUGUUUUAAUUCAGUGGCAAAAGGUUAUUUAGUUGUUUGAUUACUUUGAUUUAUUUGUAACUCAAAAAUCCUGAGAUCUCGCUUCGACUGUUGCCUCUUUCCUGCUGAUAACACUUGAUUGGUUUUCGUGUCGCCAAGAUCGGCAUUGAUUUCGUGGUAUGGUAAUGGUAGUUUAUUAUUACUCUAAACAUCAGCAAAAAUGCAAUUCGCAAAGCUCGACGACUCUCCUAUGUUUCGCAAGCAGAUACAAUGCCUGGAGGAGAGUUCAGAAUCUUUGAGAGAGAGAAGUUUGAAAUUUUACAAAGGGUGCAGAAAAUACACUGAAGGACUUGGGGAGGCAUAUGAUGGUGACAUUGCAUUUGCAAGUGCUUUGGAAACUUUUGGUGGAGGCCAUAAUGAUCCCAUCAGUGUUGCUUUUGGAGGUCCUGUUAUGACCAAAUUCACUAUAGCCUUGAGAGAAAUUGGGACAUACAAAGAAGUCCUUCGUUCACAGGUUGAACAUAUGCUAAAUGACAGAUUACUCCAAUUUGUUAAUAUCGAUUUGCAUGAAGUCAAGGAGGCACGCAAGCGUUUUGACAAAGCCAGUCUUAUUUAUGAUCAAGCUCGUGAAAAGUUCCUGUCUUUAAGAAAAGGCACAAAAACAGAUGUAGCUACUGCUCUUGAAGAGGAGCUUCAUAAUGCAAGAUCCACAUUUGAGCAAGCUCGAUUUAAUUUGGUUACAGCUUUGUCAGCUGUUGAAGCCAAGAAGAGAUUUGAAUUUUUGGAAGCAGUCAGUGGGACCAUGGAUGCACAUCUUCGCUACUUCAAACAGGGUUACGAGUUAUUGCACCAAAUGGAGCCAUAUAUUAACCAGGUCCUGACAUAUGCUCAGCAGUCAAGAGAGAGAUCCAACUAUGAGCAAGCAGCUCUAAAUGAAAGAAUGCAAGAGUACAAAAGGCAGGUUGAUCGUGAGAGUAGGUGGUCCUCAAAUGGUUCUAAUGGGUCUCCUAAUGGAGAUGGUAUACAAGCCAUUGGUAGAAGCUCACAUAAAAUGAUAGAGGCAGUUAUGCAAUCUGCUGCCAAGGGAAAGGUUCAAACAAUUCGACAAGGUUAUCUUUCAAAGCGGUCUUCAAACUUAAGGGGUGACUGGAAAAGGAGGUUUUUUGUUCUUGACAGUCGGGGAAUGUUGUAUUACUAUCGUAAGCAGUGCAGCAAAUCUGGGUCUAGCAGUCAACAUUCUGGUCAGAGGAAUAGUUCUGAGCUUGGUUCUGGGCUCCUGAGCCGAUGGCUGUCUUCUCAUCAUCAUCAUCAUCAUGGUGGUGGUGUGCAUGAUGAAAAAUCUGUUGCUCAUCACACAGUGAAUCUGCUUACGUCUACAAUCAAAGUUGAUGCUGACCAAUCAGACCUGAGGUUUUGCUUCAGAAUCAUUUCGCCAACAAAGAACUACACUUUGCAGGCAGAGAGUGCAUUGGACCAAAUGGAUUGGAUUGAAAAGAUCACUGGUGUUAUUGCUUCAUUGCUGAGUUCUCAGAUUCCUGAAAGGUGUCUCCCUGCUAGUCCUAUGGGAAGUGGUCAUAAUAGGUCUGCCAGUGAGAGUAGUUCUUUUGAAAGUUCAGAUUUUGAUCACUCUGCUGUGGAAGAAUAUAAAUCGGACAGAGGUCUUGCUUCUGCACAUAUGGAACGCCCCUCAAGAAGCUUGCAGCAGCAGCAACGACCAUGUAUAAAAAAUGAGAAGCCAAUUGAUGUUUUGCGACGAGUUUGUGGAAAUGAUAUAUGUGCUGAUUGUGGGGCGCCUGAACCUGAUUGGGCAUCAUUAAAUCUUGGUGUUCUUGUUUGCAUUGAGUGUUCUGGUGUUCACCGAAAUCUUGGUGUACACAUAUCAAAGGUUAGGUCUCUAACAUUGGAUGUUAAAGUGUGGGAACCUUCUGUGAUAAGUUUGUUUCAAUCACUUGGGAAUACUUUUGCCAACUCAGUCUGGGAGGAAUUGUUGCAUUCAAGAAGUGCCUUUCAGAUUGAUCUUGUCCCCACAGGCUUAAGUAAGUCCGACAAACCACAGGUUCUCUUCAUCAGCAAACCUUGUCAGUCUGAUUCUUUAUCUGUGAAGGAAAAGUUCAUCCAUGCAAAGUACGCAGAGAAGCUUUUUGCUCACAAGUCAAAAGACAAUCAAUAUCGUCUCUUGGUGGCACAACAGAUUUGGGAAGCUGUUCGUUCUAAUGACAAAAAAGCUGUGUACCGCUACAUUGUUAAUUAUGAAGUUGAUGUUAAUGCUGUUUAUGAGCAAACAUGCAGCUCUUCUUUAACCCUUGCCAGAGUGAUGCUAUUACAAGAGCAGACAGGCCGUGAUCACAACUCUAGUUUAGUAGGGAACUCAUUCGAUUGGUCCUCUACUUGUCCCCUGAAUAUGGUGGGAGCAAAAGACGAUCAGACGAUGAAUGAUCUUGAUGGGUGUACCCUACUUCACCUUGCUUGUGAAACAGCUGACAUUGGCAUGCUGGAGCUUCUUCUUCAGUAUGGUGCAAAUAUUAAUGCCACUGACAUGAGAGGCCAAACACCUCUCCACCGCUGCAUUCUCAAAGGAAGAUCUACAUUGGCAAGAUUACUUCUCUCAAGGGGAGCUGAACCUCAAGUUGCUGAUGAAGAGGGAAGAACCCCCCUUGACCUUGCUGUACGGUCAAACUUUGAUGACAAUGAAGUGCUUGCUUUAUUAUCUGAUUCAAAUGGAUAAGGCUAUUCAGUAAAUAAAGGAGCACUGAAGUUCCAAGUAGUUUAAGAUAUGAAACAUUGGGUUUUUGUAAAUUAUUGUAUGUGAUAAACGGGAGAAGGUGUUGUUUUUUAAGGUGGUGUCACUAGUAUUGAAGGCUUGAGAGAGUGUGGCAGGUUGAGAUGCCCAUCCCUUGGGUCAUAUUAUGCGAUUGUUGGUCCUCGGAGUUGUAAUCCAAAAAUGUGACCACAUUGGUCUAAGUUUAAAGAGCACCUUAGUACUAAUAGCAUAUCAUGGAGGCCGAGCUCUCUAGUCUGUGUAAACUGUAAUAUGAUAUGAUGCUUUUGUAUUCCUGUUUUCUUUUGCUUCCUUUUUGGUGAAGCAGCCGUGCGGUCUUGGGGGUUUAUGUAUGUGUACAUUGGCUUAUUU